UUGCCCUAAUCAAGAACAUAAAAAUCAAAUUGGAGGCACCGGAAGACAUCGAGAACUGUACUCUCUCCAAUUGAUUUCAUAGACGAAAUCUCAUAUUUCAUCCCCCAAAUCCCCAAAUUCUACUUCGCUGAUUCUUGUGUUGGUUGCAUACUAUUGAUCGCCAUGGCUAAAAGCUCCUUCAAACUGGAACAUCCUCUUGAGAGGCGCCAAGCUGAAGCUGCCCGAAUCAGGGAAAAGUAUCCAGACAGAAUACCGGUUAUUGUGGAGAAGGCUGAAAGAAGCGACAUACCCGACAUUGACAAGAAAAAAUAUCUGGUUCCGGCUGACCUCACCGUCGGACAAUUCGUGUAUGUGGUCAGAAAGAGGAUCAAGCUCAGUGCCGAAAAGGCCAUCUUUAUCUUCGUUAAGAACAUACUCCCGCCUACUGCUGCAAUGAUGUCUGCUAUCUAUGAGGAAAACAAAGAUGAGGAUGGUUUUCUCUACAUGACGUAUAGCGGGGAGAACACGUUCGGAUCGCUCUGAAGCUUUGUGCUUUCGAAGAUGAAUAAAUGUAAAUAUGGUUUCAAGACGACGAUGAAUGUGUACAUUCUUUAUCAACCGGUGCUUGCUUUCUUCGUUUUCGCAUCUUUGCGGCUUUCGUGUGAACGAUGUGAUAGUAUAUAUAUGACUUAAAACGAUAUCUUCAUGGAAUCAAUUCGAGACGAUUGUAUGUGUUGGUCGUCUUGAACUCUACUGUUUAUACAUUGUGUUACUUCGGUUAUGACAAUUGUUGACAUCGAACCAUGAAAAUUACGUAUGUUUCUGAUGAUUGUAUCAUGUUAUCUUGUUAAUUACGGAUAUUCGUAUGGUUUUCUUGC